CAUUCCCUGUUUUGGUAAACAAAUUCUCCCGACAGUUCCUCUCCAAAGCCAACUUCACUUCCAAGGAGAAACCCUUUGUUUCUUCUUUCCCUUUCUUCCAUUUCUCUCUCGAUUUCAAUCCUCUGUUGGUGUUUCGUUUCUCAUAAUUUAAUGAAGAGAUCUCCGACCUGCACUUCUUCUGCUUCUUCUUCCUCCGUCUCUUCCCCGCCCUCCGACCUUCCGGCUCGUCCGGAGGCUCCGAGACCGAAACGUGCCAAGAGGGCAAAGAAGUCUUCUCCUUCUUAUUCGUCGUCUUCCUCUUCGACGACGUCCACUGAUGAUAACCCGACAAGCCCUGGCUCCGGGAGACGAAGCUCGAUCUACAGAGGGGUCACAAGACAUCGAUGGACCGGGCGAUUUGAAGCUCAUUUAUGGGACAAGAGCUCUUGGAAUUCAAUCCAGAACAAGAAAGGCAAACAAGUGUAUCUGGGGGCUUAUGACAGCGAAGAAGCCGCCGCUCGUACGUACGAUCUCGCUGCGCUCAAGUACUGGGGACCCGACACGAUCCUGAAUUUUCCGAUUGAAACGUAUACGAAGGAGAUGGAGGAGAUGAAGAGAGUGACGAGAGAGGAAUACUUGGCGUCGCUGCGGCGGCAGAGCAGCGGCUUCUCUAGAGGCGUCUCCAAGUAUCGCGGCGUCGCUAGGCAUCAUCAUAAUGGACGAUGGGAGGCGCGAAUUGGGAGAGUGUUUGGAAACAAGUACUUGUACCUCGGCACUUAUAACACACAGGAGGAAGCGGCGGCGGCGUAUGACAUGGCGGCGAUAGAGUAUAGAGGAGCGAAUGCGGUUACGAACUUCGACAUUAGCAAUUACAUGGACCGUUUGAAGCAAAAAGGCGUUUUCCCCUUCGCUCUCAACCAAACCCAAGAGCAUGUGAUCGAAUCACCGGCUGCAGAAAUCGAUCAAGAAACCGAGGCGAAGCCUGGAAAAGAAGGAGAAGAGUACGGGCAUUACUUGCAAGAGCCGAACCAAGAAGAGCAGAAACGAGAGCAAGACACUGCAGAGAUUCAGACGUAUAAAGAAGGAGAGGUCACUUGCUGCAUGGACUCUUCGACCAUUCUGGACAUAGACUCUUCUUCGGACAACAACGAGCUGGCUUGGAGCUUUUGUAUGGAUUCAGGGCUCGCCCCGUUUUUGACGGAUCAGAAGCCGAGCCCUAUCGAGUUCCCCGAGCUGUUCAACGAUCUAGGGUUCGAGGAAAGCAUCGACUUCUUGUUCGAGGACGUGAAACAAGAUUUCUCGGCCUUAGAUAACCCGGGGUUUUUCGGGGUCGAGGAGGCUGUCAUCGUCAGUUCGGAGAGCCCGUCUUCUUCUUCGUCUCCAUCGCUUUCCUCGUCGAGCGAUUCGGCUUCUUCGACGACAACCUCGGUUUCUUGUAACUACUCUGUCUGAGAGCUUCGGAUUCUAGGCGGUUUUCGGUAUUUCCUUCGAGUUUUUUUUUUUUUGGUUCUAGGUUAUGUUCUUGUUUCUUGUCCGUGUGCUCGUUGGUUUGGAACAGUCCCCCCUCUGUUUUUUUUUUCCAUCCCUUUUGUGGUUAAUUUGAGAUAGAAAACAAACAAAAAAAUAAAAUGAAAAAUGAAAAAGAAUGUUCUCUCGA